CGCCCCCCCCCCCUCAUGCAGUAGAAAAAAUUUCCUCUCCUGCUCGCGCGUAUGCACGCUCUCCUCUCUCUCUCCCUCCCUCCUUCCUCCCUCCUACCUAUCUCUCCCCACUACUUCCUCACUUAGUGUUGGUAGCGCCGCAAGGUACAGAAAGAAAGAAAGAAAGAAAGAAAGAGAGUGAGAGAGAGCGAGAGAGAGAGAGAGAGAGUGUGUGAUACACAGAGACAGUGAGUGAGAGAGCCUGGUGCCUGCAGAACGAAUAGUGUGUGCUGCCGCUUCCAGCCUGCCUGCCUGGGUCGGCCCAUCGCCUGUUUCCUUUACUGCGAUGAACUCCGCUUUCAUUCCUCCCGUAGGCUUUGAGACGGGCAUCGCGUGUUGCAGAAUGUUGCCUCGAAUGCACCCGUCAACAGAAUUCCUAACACCGUCGAACAACAGUUAGCCAUUCAUCAACGACAUCCGUGCCAGGUCCGGGAUUUUUCUCACGCCAUGCCAUCACACUUGACCUCCGAGGUCAAGUAUCUACCGUGCACACACAGCUUGUGCAUUGCGUAGUCGACGAAAACCCAUUGUGGAAUCAUGGAUCCUACGUCGACGCACAUGUUACGCACGGGACACAAUGCUCAUCUCGUGCAUCGGACCUUGGCCUGCUUCACUAGGCCCGGGUACAUUCCGUUUUCCUAGGUCGAACCAGAGUCGUCGUCAAGACUAUUUGCCAAUUGGCACUCACUUUUGUUUCUACCGCUGCGCACAAUCCAUUCUUGCCCCGGAUUCAUUCGCUUCAUCCGAGGGGUUUCAAAAAUUAUGCCUGUAAACAUUAAGUUUGUCGUGUCAGUCUUCCUCGACUGAACGUCGACAAGAGUCCUCGAAGUUCACGGGGUCUCAAUCCGUGGUGGUAGUGAGUUGGGCAUACCAGAAUCCUUUCGCGUUUGAUUAGGCGGGAAAUUUACAGCUGCAGUGACGGGAGGGAGGUUGCUAUAUCAAGGGAAGACCAGGACGCACGGUUAUGGCUGUCCAGAAAGAGAAGAAAACAUUGCCGCUGAAGUCCUUGAACCACGUCUCUCGCGUUUGCCGCAACGUCCACAUUACUACUCGCUUCUACGAGAAGGUGCUGGGCUUCAUCCCCAUCGUCCGCCCUGAUGCUCUGAAGUUCGACGGAGCAUGGCUUCAUAACUAUGGUAUCAGCAUUCACCUUCUGCAAGCUGAAAACCAGGAGCUCUCUUCACUUCCUCCAGUGGAGAAGGAAAUUAACAGCAGAGAUGACCACAUAUCUUUCCAGAGCGACUCUAUUCUCGGGGUAGAGCAAGCAUUGCAAGAGCACGGCAUCAAGUUUACCCGAAAGACUAUCGACGAGAACGGUGUGCUGAUUGAGCAGGUCUUCUUCCACGAUCCUGAUGGUUUCAUGAUCGAGAUCUGCACUUGCGAGAAUCUCCCCAUUCAGCCUCUAAUCACUACCCCUAGCAGUAUAUGCAAUCUCUCCCCUGCAUUGUCAGCCCGCUGAAUGUGGUAACCGAAUGCAACCUAUCUCUGCCAUCCUCUAAGGGAGGACUAGAUCAUAAGUCACCGCUUGACCUAUCACAUUUUCUCAUUGAGAGACGUUAUUAGCUUUCUGCCCAGUCUCGGUAGAAUAUUGGUUGGAAGCCUCGCAUCCAUCAGAGGAGAGAACUACUAGCUGGCUCAGUAUAAACAAUGGCUUUCGGAUUCCGUUUCGAAGUAACUUACUCCAUGUGUGCUCGAUGUUGUUGAUAACUGGUAUACCAUUUAAAUAACUUUCCGGAAUUUUCCUUCACAUUUGCA